AUGUAUGAAACACGCACACUGCUUAAUUGCACUUCACUCUCACUAGUUGUCCAUAAAAGUGCUGUGAAACAACAGAGCAAUCAUAUGUUUUCAGCUUUUCCACCAGCAGAAUGGAACAAGAUGAAUUUUACGCAAGGAUGUAGAAGAAACACCUCACUUAAUUAUAAUGAUAAAGACGUGCUUGUCAAGAACACUGAACUGAAGUUGCCUGAUAAAGCUACAUACUGGGGAAUGUUGUACCCCCAGGACUGUGAACACAAGUGCUUACUCGAAAGAUCGUGUACGGCCUAUACUAGUAUCAAUGGAACCAAAUGUGUCGUUUGGUUGACAGAUUUACUGGAUAUGAGACGUUCACAGAGAGCAGGGAACGACAUUUUUAUACGGAUGGCAAAUGGAAAACAAGAUGCACCUGUUUCCCAUGGGAAAAGAAAAUUGAGUGAGGGAUCGAUAUCACUGAUUUUUGUAUUAGUUCUGACAGUAGUUAUCUCAUUUUCAUUUAUUGGGUAUGCAUGUCGAUCAACGCAUACAAAGGUGCCAGAUGAACCAGAAAUCAAUCAACCAGAAAAUUCUAUAGGAGCUUUGCUGCAGGGAACAGAUGUCAUUGCAUAUGAUUCCAGUGAUCUAGCUGCAGCCACUAACAAUUUCUCCCCGUCUAAUAAGAUAGGGCAUGGUGGCUUUGGCGAUGUAUAUAAGGGUGUACUGGAGAAUGGAAUCGAAAUAGCAGUGAAGAAGCAAGACGUGGCUUUGCGUCAAGGAGUUGAGGAGUUCGAAAAUGAAGUCAAAUUAAUUGCAAACCUACAGCAUCGUAAUCUGACGAAGUUGUUGGGAUACUGCAUUCAUGGAAUAGAAAAACUCCUCGUCUAUGAGUUCAUGGCAAAUAAAAGCCUAGACAAGGUCAUAUUUUAUGCUGCAAGAAGGGCUACAAUAACAUGGCCAACGCGCUUAAACAUUAUCAAAGGAAUCUCAAGAGGACUAGUUUACAUGCAUCAUGACUCGAGGUUGACAGUAAUCCACCGGGACCUAAAAGCUAGCAAUGUCUUGUUAGACAGUGAGAUGACACCCAAGAUAUCCGACUUUGGGUUGGCAAGGGAAUUUGAAGAAGAUGUUGAAAUCAAGACUCACCGUGUAGCUGGAACAUAUGGCUAUAUGUCUCCUGAAUAUAUUCAAGCUGGACAUUAUUCAACAAAAUCAGAUGUGUUCAGUUUUGGAAUUUUGGCAUUGGAGAUUGUGAGUGGCCAAAGGAAUUCGCUUUAUCGGCACCCAACCUAUGAUAUUGGUUUAGUAGGCUAUGCUUGGAAAUUAUGGAAUGAAGGGAAUGCCAUAGAAUUACUGGAUCCACUGAUAGAUAAACCAGAUGAUUUGAAUGAAGUUGUAUCCUUGUUGGGAUUUUGUGUUGUCAACGGCGAUCCCAAGACAGACCUUCAAUGGUUCAGGUGGUUUCCUUACUGGAGGAGAAUGAAAUGUUGA